UCCCGCCCGUCACGGCACCGGCCCCUUCUCCCCGACGCGCGUCCGCUAGGCCAGCAUGUGCAUCGUCUUCGUCUGCACCUCCUCGCCGCGCUACUCGCUCGUCGUCGCCUCGAACCGCGACGAGUUCCUCGGGCGUCCGACGGCGGCGCUGGCGUGGCAGGACGGGGCGCGCGAGCCGUUCGUGGCCGGGCGCGACCUCAGCGCCGGCGGCACAUGGCUCGGCAUCACGCGCAGCGGCCGCUGGGGCGUGCUGACGAACUUCACGGAGCCGGCGUCGGCGGCAGGCACGACGGUGCGGUCGCGCGGCGAGCUCGUCAGCGACUGGCUCGCCAGUGACGCCAGCGUCGCGGCUCAUGCGACCGGCGUGCGCCCCGGCGAGUACGCCGGCUUCAGCGUGCUGCUAGGCGACGCCGCCGCGCCCGAGACGCCGGCCACAGUGUGGUACGUCAGCAACCGGGCGGUCAAGCCGUCGCACCGCGUCGAGGCAGAGACAUUCGGCCUCAGCAACUCGACGCUGCUCGAGCCGUGGCCAAAGGUCGAGGCCGGACGCGCAGCCUUCUCGCGCGCGCUCGAGGGGGCGGAGGGAGAAGAGGCGCUGAUCGACGGAUGCUGGAAGGUCUUGAGCCCGGCAGAGCCGACGCCACUCGACCGCACGUCGAUGCGCUCGUCCAUCAGCAUCCCACCUACGCGGCUGCCGUCGAAGGAUCUCACCAAGGGCGGCGACGAGUGGUACGGCACGCGAGUGAGCACGGUGCUGCUUGUGCGUCGUGCGUCAAGUGAGCUCGAGGCGCCGACGGCACGCAUUGUCGAGCGCGACAUCUGGAUGCUCAACGAGCAAGGCGAGCCGGUCCGCGGCACGGAGAAGCGCGAGGAGGAGUGGACGAUUCGGCGGUGAAACCUGCCGACGUUGCGAGCUGCCACUCGGUUAUCGCCUCAUGACAGCAAGAAGGGCUCUACGCUCCAUGACAGCAUCUAUUCAUCUACUCCCGCCGUGCCUGCACAACGAGGACAUGCGUCCUGACGCCAGCUGCAAGCGCGGCCUCGGUCGCGGCGCCCAGCGCCCUUCCGAUGCGGCGCAGCUCGCCGCGCUGCUCCGUGCGCGGUGCAGCGAGCACCAGUGCGUCCGUCUCCUCGCGAAAGGCGCGUGUGCGCUGCGCAAGCUUGCCGUGCCCGACGAGGAGCAGAUCGCCGCGAGACUGGUCCAGCAAGGGAGCCGCAAAUGCAAGAGUGUCGCGCACGACGCACGGCGAGGCCGGCAGCGUGACAAAUGUGAGCCCAUCUGUGCUGUGCGUCAGAGGCCGGUCGGGCACGUCGCAAGGCUGCGCCGGAGCCUCGGGAGCGCCUUGCGCAAAGAGAAAGCGGA